AUGGAUUCCAUCUUCAAUGCCCUCAGCAGGCCUGACCCGCUCAGAAGUGAUUCUGAGAAUAGCCCAGCCAAAAUAUGGGCCAUGAAAACGGAGGAAAAGUUUGUUUCGGGGGGUAAAAGGUUUUUUCGGGAAUUGCUAAGAGACAAGAGAUAUCACGACACGGUGAUCAGUCGUCAAACAGAGAUUAUUGUCUUGGUAAUUCUCAAGUCGUGGGAAGAGGAGACAGAUGAGCUGGACCCUAACAAUGAGGACGACUUGGAAGAAUUGUCUCAGUUGGCUGAGCAGAUGAGGCGAUGCUUAUCCCUGGUAAAGGGCCAAAUCGCCAAGGAUAGUAUGUCCGAACAGCAACCUCGCGUCUGA